GGAGGCCCUUGGAGAAGAUGCAGAGCCGAAGGUGGCUGAGGAGGAGGAAGAGCAGAGAAGGAGCCAUCAGCAGAUUGAGGAGAGCAGGCAGAAGCUGGCCAAGCUGCUCUUUGACGGCACGCAGAUGGUGACAAAUAUCCAGGUGGCUGCUGACUUGAGGGUAACGCAGAGGAGAGCAGAGGAGGCAGAGCUGAAGCUGCAGCGGGUGGAGAAGCUGGAGAAUGAAGCCAAAUCGAGCGCAUGCAAGUUUGAGGAGAUCACCUCCAAGUGGGCCUUGGGCAAGGAGAUGACAAUCCCGCAGGAGCUGUGGCAUACAUUGCGGAGGUCCAUGUACCGUCAGUUAGUCCGGGUCAAAACUCUGCCAGGAGCAUCUGCUCUCCUCCUCCAGGAGCUGAAAAACAAAGAUGAGCAAUACGUGCAGGCCAUUAAGAAGCAUUCAGAUGAUAUCCACCUACUUUUGGAGAGAAUGGAGGAACAGACCAGGGUCAUGCUGAAAACUUACCGUCACAAACUCCUACAGAUUGAGAAAGCUUUUGAGCUCGAACGGCGAGAGCUGCUGGACAACAACAGGAAGAAGUGGGACGAAGCCAUCCAAGCCCACAACACACGGGAGCUGGAAUACCUGCAUGCCCGUAUGAGGAAGGUGGAAGAGUUUGAGAAACAGCUGAGUCAGCUGCGGUUGGAGGAUGAGGAGGAGUAUAACAGCAUGAAGAUCCAGCUGGAGAGCGAUGUGCAGAACCUGGAGAUGCAGCUCCAGCAGAUGAAAGCCGUCUAUCAGCUGAACCAGGAGAAGCUGCAGUACAACCUUCAGGUGCUUAAGAAGCAGGACAAGGAGAACACCAUCAUCAGAUCCCAGCAGAAGAGGAAGCUCAACCGGCUCCACACCUUGCUCAAUAACCUGAGAAGAAAGCUGGCCAAACAAGAGCAGCAGUUCAGAGAGGAGAACCAGAGCCUGGCAGCCGACUGCGAGCGCAUCACGAGGCAGUGCAAGGAGGUGCAGAGGAGGAUGAGGCACUUUGCUGUCAGCGAUGCUGAGAAGUUCACGAAGGUCUGGCUUAUGAACGAGGAGGAAGCCAAAGGGCUGAUGCGGAAAGCCCUUGAUGCAGAUCGCAUCAUUCACACGCAGCAGCUGGGGCUGCCCUGGGAAGAGCCUCGUUACUGGUUCCUGAACAACGUUGGCCCCCUCGGGCAUUACAAGGUGAAGAGGAUGGCGACCAAGCUGGCUGCGGAGGUCCUGACAGAGAGCAGCUCUGGGGGACAGGAGGAGGAAGGGAGAGAGAAGAAGGAAGAAGUGGGUAGUGGAGGAGGAAAAGAAAAUACGGUGAAGGUUGAGGACAGAGUCACACCUCUGCGAAAUAUCUCCAAGACGACUGCCAAGAGGAUCCUGGAGCUCGUGAGCGAUGAGUCGGAUUUUCUCAUUGAGAGCAAGCUGCUGAGGCCCCUGCAUGCACUGGGGAGGCACAAGUGCACCCUCAUGAAGCUCGACUCCAUCUUUGCGGCCCUCAAGAUCGACAGUGAGGAUGACCUGUACCAGCUGGUGGAUUUUUUCCUGAAGUACAAAGCCCAGGAGAUGGCUGUCAGCCAGAGCCAGAGCAGCCCAGGUGGAGAAGAUGUCACGGAUCCAGCUGAGGACAGAGAGGAUGGUGGAUCUGGUGCCCAGAGGGACGAGCUCAAAUCCCCUCGGAGCUUGCUGGCCUCCCUUCCAUCUGCGUACAUCCACGCUGACGACGUCCUAAAGAUCCUGAAAGCGUUUGUGCGGGAUUUUGACAAGCUGAGGGAGAAGGACGGAUCAGCAAAGGAGGUGCUACCGCUACGGGACAGCUCCGAGGAUGGGGAAUACUGGGAAGCCCUGGCACGCGUUAUCCCCGUGCCGACGUUGAAGCUGUGGGAUGCGCUGGCGGUGGCACUGGAGGAAUAUUACGAGGUCCUCAAGCGCAGGGCCAGCCUGCUCGCCGAAGCAGCUGUCCUGCGACAGCAGAACUCGGAGCUGCGCCUGCUGCUGGAGGAGUACGUCAGCUCCGGGGUGAACAGCAAGCUGCUCUCUCCUCCCACGCAGUGA